UUCUAGGUCAUGGUUAUCACAUCUUGUCGGUGAUGUGUGGUGGUUGUUAAAAACGAAGCUCAUUGAAUGUAUUAUUUAGUAUAGUCUUCUCGACGGUCCUACUAAUGUUUAAGAAGUUCCUGGCAGUGGUAAUUGACCACAUUCUAGGAAGAUAUUUUGAGGGUUUCAAUGGUGAAAAUUUGUCAUAUGGUCUGCUUAAUGGAAAUAUUACUUUAAGUAAUUUGACUUUAAGGAAAGACACUUUGAACAGUCUGUUUGGUAUCCCGCUAACGUUAAAGUCUGGUUCUGUCGGUAAUGUGUCGAUAUUCAUUCCUUAUACUCAUCUUUGGAGUCAAGCUUGGCAACUGUCACUUGAUAAGGUUGACUUAGUAGCAUAUGCUUCAGCUGAGGACCUGUGGGUUAAUUUGAAUCCAAAUCAUCCAGAUGGUUCAGUCAAAAUGUCUUCCAUAAACGAAAAUCAGUCAGAAAAGUGGGUGACUAAGACUACUCCAAAAGAUCAGGGAAAUAAAUGCUUUGCUGAGUCUCCAGUUAAUGGAAAAUACAGCUUAGACCAAAUGGAGAAGAGAUGGUACCAGACCAUGUCCGGUGGUAAACUAAAAGACGCAGCAGCUAUGGCCGCAUUAGUUGCUAUGGAUUCUAGGUCAGACAACCCUUCUUGGUGGUCAUACAUAACUUCAGUUGGAUAUAGCAUAAUUCGUAGUCUUCAGAUUGAAAUUCGUGAAGUUCGUAUUUCUCUAAUUGACCCAAAUACUUUCGAAAAUCGGGACGCAUUAAGCAAUUCAUCUUGUGAUUAUCAUCCAAAUUUUGGGACAUUUACUAUCAGUUUACAGCGUUUAACACUGGAAACUACGGACUCGCUCUGGCAACGUACUACUUCAACAUCUCAAGAACCUGUUGAAUACAAAUUAAUCAAUGUUCACGGGCUCAGCACUACGUGGAGUCCAAAGUUAUUUGCUCCAGGAAAUUUGUCAGCUGUUAAAAUUAUGACUGAGUCAUCUAACGAGUGUAAUAGACUGUUGAAAGAGAAUUUGUUAUAUAUUUUACCUCCAUGUCAUUUAACUGGCCAUUUAAAACGUAAUCAAACAAAUAUUGGAAUAAUCGGGAGUAGUAGUGAAUCAAUAACACCGACACCUACUAGUAAUCAUCAAUUGGAGUUAAAUAACAAAGCACAAGUUGAAUUAAAUAUUAAUUUAAGUCAACUAAAUAUACAAAUAUCACAAGAAUUUUGCUGUGAUCUUUUACAUUUAUCAAAAAUAUUAAUAAAUCAGUAUGAACGUUUAGAACAAUUGAAACGUAGACCAUCCAGUGUAGUAAAAAACAGUCAAUGGUGGCGUUAUCUAGCUGGUGAAAUUCGUCCAAGACUUCGUGUUCUAUUUCAUUCAACACUUAGUCAUAUUUCGUUAUCCGAUUUAGCAUUAGAAGCGAAAUUAAAUGUUAUUUAUGUGAAAGCAUACACAGCUUAUUUAAUUGAAGGUUUGUCAUCUUCAACAACCAAAUGUUUGAUUACAACUGACCAAAUCAAUAGUAUAUGUAAUGGUUUAGGUUAUACAUCUGAAAUGCAUUUAGAACGAUUAAAACUAGAUCAGUUAUGGUCUAUUCAACGAAUUGCAACUCUUCGCUUAGUUGCUAUGAGACGUGCUGCAGUUACAUUACUUACGCUAUUGAAAUCGGAUAGUAAAAGUUCAACAAUUAUCAUCGAUCCAGGAAUUCAUCCCUCUACAGUCACUGGAAACUCAUCAACAGCGAAUCAAUCAUGGUAUUAUACUUGGUGGCGUUAUUCUUCAGGGUGGGGAAUUCAGUCACUAUUAUCAUCAUUGACAUCUUCAACAACAGUUAAUGAAUUACAAUCUAAUGUAGAUAAUUUGAAUCAGUCUAUAACAGAUCAACAAACACUUGAUUCAGAUUUAGAUCAUUCAAUGAAUGAAGCAAUCUUUGAAUUAUUGGAUGAAUUUGCUGCGCAUACAAAUAAUAUCGACUAUACUUGUAUUACAUAUCCGAUAUUUGUACAGUUGGUAUGUACUGUUGAUGGAUGUAGUUUACGAUUAAUUGAUCAUCUUGAAGAAUCUGUUGAAACAUACUCACAUCCAGCAUUUAUUAGUUUAUCAGGAAAACAAGUGUAUUUUGAUUUGGAAGUUCGACCACAGUGUAAUUCCUAUCGAUUAUCAACUCAUAUUCAAUCCUUUACUGUUCAUGAUGAACGGUAUAUGUUAAAAAAUCGCAAACAGUCAUCAUCGUCAUCAUCAUCAUCACCCUCAUCGCAAUGCAUCCCCAUGUUUCCUGUUGUUGUAUUUCCUCGUUAUCAAACUAAUUCCUUAACAACUGAUAAACUGAGUAAUGAAAGGCAUGUUUUCUCUCUUAUUUACGAAGUAAAUCCAUCACAAAAAAAUGUUGAUUAUAUUCUUCAAAUUCAUACUGAACCUGUGAAUUUAGUCUUUCAACCAGAAUUAAUUCAUCACAUCAUGAACUUCAUUUAUGUGAUUGCAUCGGCUUCAUCUUCACAAUUAGAAACUUCAACUGGACACCGUUACACAUUAAUCAAGGAGAGUACAAUAAAGAAUUUACAUUCAUUUCUUAAAUCUACUCCUGAUAAGAAUGUUGGAGCUAAAAUUAAUUCUUCCAAAUCGCCUCGGUUUUUUCCUUCCAAUGUGUCUACGCCUGUUAAAUCACAUAAUCGUUGGGCUAUAAAUUUCGAUAUAGAUGGACUAAAAGUGUUAUUUCCAAAUCGUUUUAUGCAUGAUAACAUGCUAAAUCUAAAUACAAAUCUUUUUACUACUUCUAACUCAAUAAUCUGUUUACUAUGUGAUUUCGGUCAUUUACAAGUGACUAAUUGGCCAGAGAUCCAAGUAACUAAUAAAAUUGACGAUAGAGUAUCAGUGAAAAUGAGUUCAUUGAACAAUCGUAAACUUGAAAUUGAUAAUCCCCAGUGUAAAAAACAGCCUAAGACACUGCAAUCAUUAGAUGUUGAUAACGACGAUAACAAUGGUGAUGACGAAGAUGAUGAUGAACUGUACAAAACUCCUUGUAGUACCCCUGCAGAAUUAUCCGAAAUCGAGGAGGGAGAUGUAGAGGAAAGUAUGAAAGAUGAAGUUGAGAAAGCAUCUCAAAGACAAACUGAAACUGGUGUAAAUGAUAAAAACAAAUCCAGUGAGAAAUUAUCAUUAGACAAUAACAAUAAUAUCUAUGUCUCGUAUACGGUCAGUGUUACAAAUAUACGAGUAUUGGUUGGUUGUUUGGACUUACUCAACAAAUUAAAUUUAUGGAAUUGUUGCAAUCUUGAGGAAGAAAAUUUAAUAGAACCUAAAUCUGCUGAACGUACAUUACCGUUUGGGAGUAAUAAUACAUUCAGUUUCGAUGAUCAAUCUGUUUUACGUGUAAGCAAUUCUACAAUGAUUUCUCGAUUAUGUUUGAUUAAUCCAUUCAGUUUACGUAUAUUGGUCAGUCGUCGAGUAUAUUGCAUGAAAGAUCUCACUUAUACAUCGAGUCCUAGAUCAUCAUCAUUAAAUUAUCCUCCGUAUUUGUGGAUAACAAUAAAGCAAGAAUCAUGUGUCGUUCAUUUGUCAAAUACAAAAAUAUCGGAUUUACUCUCCUGUAUAAAAGCAUCCCAAUGUCAACUAAAUCGAAUUAAACCUAUGAAAUGGAAAUAUUCUUCAAUGAUGAAAAAAUUCAGUCGUAUUCGUAAUCACAGUAUAUCAUUUUCCGAUUCAAAUGUACACUCUAAUUGUAAUACAUUUAAACAGAGAUCACAUCAUACAAGCAUAUCUGUAUCUCAGUGUUGUCAUUGGAGGGAUUGUUGCGGUGAGAAAUCAGCUGAUAAUUUCUCGUCUCCGGCAAUAUUUAAUUUUAAACGAAAAAAACUUAUCGCAACUUAUUCGAUUCAAUCAUUCAUUAUUCAGUUUGAAUCAAAAGAUCGUCCUCUCGCAGAAUGUCGUCUAGAUGGAGCAGUUUGCAGUUUAUCAGUCUAUCAUGGUUCACCUAUUCCCUAUCGUUUACAAUUUAAGCUGAAUAGAAUUUCGAUGGUGGAUGCCGUAAGCAAUUUAGGUGGUGUAUACGAUGUGAUUGUGAAUUCUGAUGAAAAAAUUGAAAGUACUAAUUCACCUGAUCUAAUUAUUCGAUUAAAUAAACAAGCUAAUAAUGAUAGUAAUAAUAGUUCAUCUCAUAUUUGUAAUGUUUUAAGCGUAAAUUCUACAUUAUCAACAAUUGGUUGUAUUCCUUUAUUGGAUCAUAUCUGUCCUGAAAAAGUAUUCAGUGUCAAGGAAUCUUAUGAUUUUGUUACGGGUACUCUAUCAUGGUUUCCAUCGGCUGAUUGUUUAUCUCAUAUUGAAGUGAUUCAUUCAAUUGGAACAUAUUUCAUUCAACUAAAUAUACACUGUUUCAAUAUUAUUGGUAAUCCAAUUACUGUAAAAUCUAUCCAUGAAUUUCUAAACAAUCUCUACUGUUCUACAAUGUCUGAUCAGUCGGCAUCAUCCAUGGAAUGUUGUACUAUUGAUUCUGAACCGAAUAGUUAUCGGAGAUCAUCUUUGAUGAAUAAAUGGAAUAAUAAUAAUAAUAUCUCUUCAUCUAUCAAAUACGAGUUUAAGUUAUCAGUUGAUAAUAUAAAAUUAUUAUUAAUCAAUCAAUUCGACGUUAAACAUCAAGAACAAAAUGUGAAUGUGUCAGUGAAGAGAAUUGCCGAAAUAAUAUUCUCCGGUUUACAAAUAAACUUUUAUCAUUCAAGUUUAUCAAAUUCAGUAUUAUUGAAACUUCAAUGUUUUCAAAUUAUACCAUAUCGUAAUUCAAAAUUAUCAGCUGAUCAAUAUUUGUUAGGACCUGCUCUUUCAUUAUCCACCUCAGAUCAUCACCAUUCUAAUCAGGUCAUAUUGGAAUAUGACUAUGGAUUGAUUGGAUCAUCCAAUUAUUUUCCACAUAAAACUAAUAAACAUCUCCAAAUUAGUUUAUCCAAUAUUGUAUAUAUACAUCUCAUUCAUGAAUUACAUGAGAUAUUAUUUUGGUUUAAACAAAUUCUUCCAUUAUUAUGUAAUCAGUCUUCUGUCACUAAUAAUGAUCAAUUAUCUAUAGACAAAAUAUAUUUAUUAUUCAAUUGGCCUGAAUUGUCAAUCACUUUCAGUAACCCACUGAUUUUAAUUCCUUGUAAAUCAAAUCAAUUUAAUCAAUUUUUAUUAAUUGGAACUAAACUUAUUAAAAUUAAUCAUUAUUCCUCAUACUGUGAUGCAUCAUUGUCGAAUUCCUCUAUUACUAUGAAACAACAUGAAAGAGUGAACAAUUCAUAUUCUAUCCAGUUAUAUUUUAUAGAUUUCGGUGUAUUUCUUUACACUAAUAGUGAUAACGCGAAGACAUUAUCUAAACAAUAUUUGUCAUCGUCAUCAACUAUCUAUUCAGAUUCGUGGGUGAAUUUUUCAUCUUUACAUAAAUUUUGGCUUAACUCUUGUAAAUUGGAUGACAGUAUGUUAACAGCAACUACACAGAAAUCACGGUAUCACAUCAUUAUGUCACCAAUAAACUUUUCUGCACAUAUAACCUAUGUGAAAUCAAAUUUUCCAAAAUGUUUUUCCACAUUCAAUUCACGGUUUCAAUCAAUUCGUUUCAAUUUUUCUGAUUUCGUCAUGAUGCAUUCUAUGACAUUGAAUCAUACCACUAACGAUAAUAAUAUUACUGAAGAUUAUUCUACUAUAAGAAAUUCACCGUCUCCAUAUCGAUUAUCACCCAUGUCUCCUGCUUCUAAUAUGAAUUUACUGUUAUUUACUGAACCAAUUAAUGCUCAAUUAAUUAUAGAGUUUUACAUUCAAACUGUAUAUAUUAAUUUGACUAAAAUGAAUUGUAACUUGCUAACUAACGUAAUUCAAGAAUUAAAUAAAGAGUAUUGUGAUUAUUGCUGUAACAAUUGUAGUUAUUCGAAUAAUAAAUCUUCACAGUCUAAUCAAACAGAAUUAUUUCAGCUUCCUUAUCCUGAUCCAAAUAUUAUUAUUUCUUCUAUGAAAUCAAAAACAUCUAUGGAAUUUGGAUUAUUUAUAAAUUGUAUGAAAAUGAAUAUAUUAAUAUUUGGUGAUUUAGAUAUUAUCCCUAUACCAUUAGUAUUAUUAACAUUAGAUGAUAUAUAUAUUUCAUCUAGUUUUCAUUUAUUAUUAAAUGGUAUUAAAAUGCCAUCAUGUAUACAAAUUAAUUUAAAUAAUCUCCAUUUAAUAAAUCAACUUGAAAAGAAAUUCAAUUAUAAACCACAACAACAACAAAAUAGAACCAGUUCAAAAUUCAAUACUCAUUAUUUAAAACAAACCAAUUCAAAAAGUAUUUUAUUAAAAUUCAAUAAUAAAAUUGAAUUAAAACUAAAUAAUGAUUGUUUAAAUACGGUAGUACAAUGUAGAAGGCAUCAUUUAUUAUAUGCUGCUACUGCUAAUGGUGUUGCUGCUCCUGAUGAUGAUAGUGUUUGUGAAUUAAAUCAAAUAUCACCAAUUUCCUUGCGUAUUAUACUUUUAUCUGAUGAACAUCAAACAUUUUGUCAAACUAAAUCUUUCGUGAAAUUUAUCUGCAACACAAUUGACAUUCAACUGUACUGUGAACCAUGGAUAUUAAUUUUGGACUUUUUCAAUUUGUGCGAUUAUAAGGAGGAAACUACACAAUGUACUUCAGAGCGAUCUCAUCAAGAUUUGCUUCAUGAAUCCAAUCCCUGCACGCUAGUUUCUUCUUGGAACAAUCCGAAAAUUGCUGUUCUAUUCGACAUUGAUUCCAUUAACUGUUUUGUUAACAAUUCAGAUCAAGAAGAAGGCAACGAAAAAGAAUGUCGGAAUAGUCCUCUUCUCAUAUCUAACAACAGUGAAUCAAAUAUUGCUUUACUCUCCCUAAUCAGAACGAAAUUACAAAUUAAUUAUUUUAUUACAGAUGUUGAGAAGUUCUCAUCACUCAAUCUGCCUGUCAACUAUUCUUAUUUGGAAAUUAAAGGCCAAAUAUGUGAUGUUAAAUUACAAGCAAUACAGGAGAAACAUUCUAACUUAUAUCCAACACGGUUCAUGACUAUGCCACAAUUGUGUCAUCCGAGUGAUAUUAUAAAUGACAAUGAUAAUUCACGGUUAUCCUAUAUAACUUUUCAAUUUAUUAAACCUGCUAGGCAUUUUCAUCAGCGAUUAUCCAAUCCAACUGUCAGUGUUGACGAUGAACAAGAUAUAUACAUUUCAAUACAAUUACCAGCUGUUACAUAUAUACACACACAGUCAUUUUUAACGAGUGUCAUUGACUCAUUGUUUAGCUUCAAAGAACAUUAUGAUUUUGUCAGACAAACAAGAGCUGCUGUUAAGGGCUUUCAAAUUCCCACAACUCCUUCUGUAUCUUCACGUAUACGUGUCAAUGUUUCUGGCGGUCCAUUAAAUCUGAUCAUUCCAAUUAGUUCUUAUAGUUCCAAAGUACUUAUUGCCAAUAUUAAUCAUUUGAAAAUUAAUAAUAAAUUUUUGUGUAAUACAAAUCAGGAAAAUGUUCCUUGUGAAUCAAUGUUUACAAAGUCAAAAUCCAAUGAGAAAUGUGAUAAUCGUUAUUUCUUUUCAAAUAUCCGUACUGAAUUACUGCAAGAAUGUUCUUGGUCUUCUUGGACUUUGGAAUGUUCUAAUCUGAAUUCAGAAGAUCUCGAUGAUUCUCAACCUUUGUUGAUCGAUAGAAUAUUUAUGGAAUUUUAUGGAUUUUCUUUAUAUUGUGCAGAACAAACUAGUUUAUUUGAUCCCGACUUGAUAAGGAAAUCAGAACAUAACUACAACAAUGCGUAUGUUCAUUUACCAAAUCAGUUAUUCAUACCUAUCGGUAGAGUAUAUCCAUCUCAUUUCAAUAACACCACUUUCUUUUUCAAUCCUAUCAAUUGUGUUAAUUUAAUUUUGGAGCAUAAUUUAACUUCUGGUAAAAUACCAGAUUGGAAAAUAAGUGGAGAAUUCACAAAUUGUCAACUUCAUAUAGAUCAACAUACAUAUUGUUUAAUUCGUGGUGUAUUAUCACAUAAUUUUGGUGAAUAUUCAAAUCCUAAUGUCGAUACAAAGAAAUCAUUUCUUGAAUCAAAUAUAUGGACUAAGUUUGCAAUUGAAAUCCGUUUGAAUUCAGUUCAAGCUACAUUAUUUGAUUCAUCAAACUCAUCUGUUAUUAUGAAUAAUAAUUCUACUGUUAAUGCAAAUCUAAAAGAGAAUGAGAACAAUAAUGAAUCUAAUCCGUUUGCUAUAAUCGACUUUUGUGAUACACUGUUAACUUAUGAAUAUUUUUCAAACCGAAGUACAUCUAUUCAACUUCAAUGUUACGAUAUAAAUUUAUUGAAAACUCAAAUUGACAAAGAUAAUGAACAAAAUCAGUUUAUUUUAAAAAGUUUGUCAACAGAUUUAUCAGAUCAAUUAAUUGAAGAGGAGGAGGAUAGAGUAAAGCGAACUGAUGGGAUAUUGGUGAAAACGCCGAAACUUUUUAUUUGUUCCAAUAGUUCUUUGUUACAAUCAACAUUUGUAUUCUCUUUAAUGAGACUUCAUUUAAUUUGUGACUGGGAUUGGUUAUUGCGUUUUCAGUAUUUUCUCUUAUCAUCUCCUUUACCAUCUGGCAGUGAAAAUUCCUCGAUUGUUUACACUUUACAAAAGCCUAUUUCACCUUGCAUCGAUUGCAUAUCCACAACUCGAACGAUUUCCAAAUUACAGAUGUAUUCUGAUGAAUCAAGUUAUAAUCAUAAACGGGAGUCGAACUUAUCUUCUGGUGUACUGAAUACGUCUUUGCAUAUAUUCAUAGAAGAUUGUGAAGCCUGUAUACCAUACGAAAAAUCAUGUUUUCUCAUUAAAUCAAGUGUACGUUUCUCACGUCAUACAUCAAAAUAUUCAAUAUCUGAAAUACUAAAUGAUGAAAUUCAUAUUGAUAUUCUACAAUUUUGUUUAUAUUCUAAUUCAAAAUCAUUGAUUAUUAUACCUAGUCCAUUGAAAUUCUACUCUAAAUUGUAUCAUCACAUGUUAAAUAGUAAAUCAUCCUCUUCAUCUCAACUGUCUGUGUCAUCCACUUCAACAAUUUCAUCUAUGAAAGGAACAUUUAUGAAUACUGGAUUACUUUGUUCGUCAAAUAUUUUUAUUGAAUAUCCUCCUUGGCAAAGAAAUUUAUUACAUUUUAAACCAGCACAGUUACAGCUUCAAAUGUCUUUAACUGCGCCCAACAUUCAUAUUACAUCGAAUUUUUCAGAAUUACAAAAUGCUAUACAAUUUUUCUCUUCUCUAAUGAUGAUAAAUACAUCAGACAGUAUAUCAUCAUCAGUUGAUGCUCACACUAAUAAUGCCGGCGAAAACCGAGAUGCUAUUCAUUUGUUACCAGAUGUACAAUCAUCAGUAACAACUUCAAAUCAAAAAUCAUCGUCAUCAUUAUCAUCAUCAUCAUUAUUGGUAACAUUUUGGCCAAAUAUUUUUGCUGAUUACAUUUCAAAACAAUUAAUUAAUUUCGAUAUUAAAAUUGCAUUUUCAAUAUGUCUGUUUGAUACAAUAACAUCAGUUCAAUCUUCAUUAUUAGCUGAAGAGAUUCCAUUGAUAAAAUUUUGUGUUGAAAAUAUGAAACUGUUUUGGAAGCGAUUAAAUUUACAAGCUACACUGGAAUGCACUGGGAUUUCAUGUUCUUAUUACAAUCAAAAUCUAAUUGCUUGGGAACCUGUACUGGAACCAUGGAGUUGUUUAUUGAAUUGGACUGAAAAUUUUGAGCAAGAUUUCAGUAGAACUAUCUCUUUAAACUGUUCAUCUCAAUGUAGUUUGAAAUUGAAUCUAACAGUUCCACUAGUGCAAAUAAUUCGUCGUCUACUAAAUACAUGGAUCAAAACACAACAAUUUCCAGAGUAUGAUGCAAUACCAGUAGUAAAUCAACAAGACCUUUCAUUUUUAACUAGUCAAAAUACUGGUUCAUUUAUUUUAAUUAAUGAAACUGGAACAUAUUUACGAUAUAAAUUGAUAAAAAAUCAUCAGUUAGAUUCAUUAUUCAAACCAGAAGUUUUAAUACCGGAUAAAUUAGACAAUAGUACUGAUGAUAAUUCUGACAAACUUGCUCCAGAUUCACGUGUAUGUUUACCAAUAAAAAUAUCAUCAUUUGCUUAUAAUUUAUCAACAAAUGCUCAACAAAUUAAUACAAAUGUAGAUUCUAUACAACUGCCUAGUUUAUCAGUACAAAUAAAUGGUUGGAAACCAAUUUAUCCAAUAUCUCUUGAUCGAUUAGGCACGUAUUAUCGUGUUAUUGAACGAUUAAAUAAUGCGGAACCUGAAAUAUUGAAAAGUGAACAGAAUGAAUGUUGGAAAUAUCAUUUACCAAUAUUUAAUCGUUUGAUCAUUGAUAUAGUUCAUGAUCAAAAUUCACAUUAUUCGAUUUAUUUAAGAUCUGGUUUAACAAUAACAAAUGAUUUAAAUCAAAGUAUUAAUAUUGGUUUAGAAAUUACAUCACCGAAAUCAUCAUCAUCAUCAUCAUCCUCAGUAUUCGUAUUGCAUAAAUCGUCGGAAUCAGUAAUCAGUUCAUCUGAUGCAUAUCUUAAAAAUGUAUUUUAUGAAUCAGUAUUAUUAUUAACAGUAUGUAAACCAAAAUGUACUUAUGCUGUCCCAAUUAAUAUUGUUGGAUUAAUGUCAGUAGGAUUAGGAAAUUUAUGCUUUUCUCCAACAAAAACAGUUAUGAAUCGAAAAGAUCUUUCUUCGUUAUUAAUGAAUAACACUAAUGAACAAAAUAAAUUUACGGAUAAUUUAUACGAUUGGGCUAGUGUUUAUCAUCAUAACAAUGAGAUAAUGACCGAGGAAGAACAACUACAAUCUACAUAUUCCUCUUCAAUUCCAACCUCUACAGUUUCAUCAUUGUCAUCAUCGUUAACUGAUUUCGUGGAUAAACGAAAGAAUUCAUCUAUAAGAAUGGUGAAUUGGACAAGUUUAAAACAAUCGGACGAAUUGUUAGAAGCUAUACUGAUAUCAACAUGUCAACUUCCAUCAAAUUCACGAGCAAUACACCAGAUUAGUUCUUUACAACGAUUUCAACAGAUUAAUACUACUACUUCUACUUCUGUAUCAUCAUCUUUGAAUAAAACAUCAUCGGGUUUAAAUAACAAUAACAAUAAAUUUCAUAUUUGUGUAACUGUUGUACGUGAUCAAUUUCCCUUGGAUCCUCAAUGGAAUAAACUAUAUUCUAAUCAAUGGUAUACGAAUUAUAAACAUUUGCUACCAAUCACUUUACCAGGUCAUCAUAUUACUAUUGGUCCAGUAUUAAGAAUUACUAAUUUAUUACCAUGUGAUAUGAUAUUUUUUAUUUUCGAAACUGAUAUUAAUGGUACAUUGGGAUCGAAAGAAGAAGCAUGUGUCCAUAAUUUAUUUCCAGUGAACACCAUCAAAUUUGGUAUUCAUUUAGAUGGAUUUCUGAAAUGCGAUCCAUUGUCUAUUCCAUCUAAUACUUACAAUCAAAAAGUGCUCAUUCGUUUAUAUGAUACUUUGGGCCGACCGUUAGAAUUGCAAGUCCAUGUUUGUUCCAGAGCAUUUGGUGCACGUCAUUUAACCGUUAGUCCUGUUAUAUGUUUAUUAAAUAAAUCUGGUAUACCGUUGAUAUUUGCUCACUCAUCAUCGUCAUUAUCAUCUAAUCAACUUAAUUUAUCAUCACAAACAUCUAUACUAGCUGCUGGUCAAAUUGAAGAACAUGAACAAGCUUGUGCUUUGAUGCCGUUACUUUUUUCAUUUGCAAAUAAAUCUGAAGGUUAUCUAUUACGUGUUCGUAUAGGGAAAGGGUAUCAUAGUGAGAAUGAUGUUUUACCUAACAAUGAAAAUGAUCAACUUCUGACUAAUAACAUAAAACGUUGUACAUGGUCACCUGGAAUAUCUUUAGAUAAAUCUGGUGUGGAUGUAUUGCAGUUGAAAAUAUACACUGGAAAUAAUCGAUUAUCUUCGGUACGUUAUUUAGGUUUUGAAGUUGACACCGGUCAUGAUCCCAAUGAUUCAUCACUGUCAACUACAACAAUGGUCACAUUUCGACCGCGUUAUAUCAUUGAAAAUUUGACAAAAUAUCAACUAAAUGUUACACAACGAUAUUGUUUAAAAACAGCUAAUAAUUUACCUGCUUCAAUUAUCGUUUAUCCAAAUCGUAGUCAAUCAUUUCAUUGGUCUAACGAUGAUUUAGAUCGUCUUUUAUGUAUGCGUGCUGCGAUUAGCACUUCAUCAUCAUCUGCUGUUCAUGAUCAAAUGACAACAGGAAUCAAUAAUCGAUCUGAUGAUUUAUGGACGAUGUGGUCUGGUGGUUUUCAGAUAGAUCAUGCUCAUUCAUUUAUUAUAAUGUUACGACUGAAUCGUUUUCAUCAAAUUGUUGAUUUUCCACAAUCAUUAUUCUUUCAUGUGAUUAUCACUUUACAAUCAGCGACUUUUUUUGUAAAAAUUCAGCAUUACCAUGGUUUACCACCAUUUCGUUUUGAAAAUCUCAGUUCAAUUUGUGUCUACUAUUGUCAAUUAAUUGAUUCAAUUCAUUUAAUGAAUACAAAUUCAAAAUUACAACAUAUUAGUUCGUCUAAUUCUGAUAAACAUAUUCAUGAUCAUUAUUUUCGUCGGGGUGUAUUACAUCAUUCCGUGUCAACGAUUCAUGAUGAUGAAUCUAUUAACAAUAAUAUUGAUGAAAUGAAUAAUCCAAUUCUUGAUAAAUGGGAUGGUGGAGCUUGUCCAUCGUUUUUAAUUCCUGGAUCUAUAAUUCCAUAUGCUUUAGAAGAGCCAUGUGGUAGUUCAUCUAUUAUUUUUAGUGCACAGGAUGAUAUCAGUGAAAUAUUUGAUUUAGAUACAAUGAAUGUCAGUAAAAUUUUACGUUAUGAUAAUUUUGUUUACCUCACUUUAUUUGGACCAUUAAUGGAUUAUAUUGUCCCAACAGAAAUGAAACCGAUAAUGAUUCAUUGCGUAGAAGAAGUUCAUCAUUACCUAAUCUUGUAUUUGAUAUACUCCCUGGAUCUAAUUAUGUUGUUUGUGCUAUCAAGUCAUCAAGGCUCCGCACGAAAAAGUUCAAAGAAUAAACAUCAAUUUGUUUUAGAUAUAAAUCGUAAAGGUGAUCCAAAUGCACCAUCGAGUAAUGAUCAAUUGAUUAGUAUCAAUGGAUUAAUCGAUCCAGAAACUUUAAAACACUUUGAAGUUGUUCAACUUAUUAUUGCUAAGCCGAGUAAACAACGAAAAGCCUAUCAAACUUGGAGAAUCGAUCAAAAUGGUCUCUUGGUCAACAGUGCAUUGUUUUGUGUACAAAUUCGUCGUGAUCUAAUGGAUGUUAUGUCAUCUUCACAAUUAUCAUUGGAUAGUAGUUUUGAAGAGAGCAAUAUUGAUGACUUAAUGAAUUUAUCACAUCAUAUUUCAUCGAAUCAAUUAAUUUUAUUAGCUGCACGUCCACGUCCAUUAGCAACACGUCUGAUUAGUUCAUCUAUAACAUCAGCAAUUAUUUUACCAAUAUGGCUUCGUCCCGGUUCCGGUAGACUACGUUUAUUCACUUAUCUAGAUAAAGCCACACGUGUUUUACGUAUUGAAGAUGAAGAUACAAAAAAUACUGAAUUAACUACACAAAAUACAGAUAAUGUUAAAACAAUUUCACGUUGGGGUAGAAAAACAUCAAUAACAUCACAAGAAGAUCUGUACCCGCAACGUGAAUCAUCAGUAUGGGAGGACUCGUCUUAUCAGUCAAAUUUGUGUAGUAGUGUUGAAACAAGAGAUCUUCAUCGACUGGUGACCAAUUUUAAGGCUAAUUUAACUCUGCCUAAUGGAAUUGGCAUUAAUGUUAUAUCAUCAUUUAUGGAAGAACUUAUCUAUAUUUCAUUAAGUGAUAUAAAUUUAUCACUGAUUCGAACUUAUUCUGAUGUAUUAACUACUAAUACUACCCCUACUACUUCACAUCUUGUAUCAUCUAGUGAAAAUUCAAUGUUUAUGAUGAAACAUGAUAGUAGUUGCUGUAACAUUUCAAAUGACAAUCGUUUAUCAUCUAUUGCACAUCAUGGUUUAAGUUCAAUUGUUAUUGUUCAUCCACCCGGUAUCUCACGAUCUUCAUUGAAUGAUGAUGAUGCUAGUUACAGUAAUAAUCUUACGUAUGAGAAUCAAAAUGGAUCAUGUCUUACUAAAGUAUCUGAAACAUUUCAAUUACUUAUUGGUCAUUUUCAAAUUGAUAGUCAAUUUACUGGUGCUCUUUUCCCAGUACUUUUGUUUCAAAUCAAUACAAAAUUAAUAACUGAUGAUGAACAUCAUCUUCAUCAUUUGAAUGUUAAUGCUGAUAAUCAAAAAUUAAAAAUGAAUUCAUUUCCAACUACUUCUACUACUGAAUUCAUACAAAUGAAUGAAAUGAAACAUUUAUCUACAUUAAAAAUCACUUAUUCACGUGAGGAUAUUCAGUAUAAUUGGCCAAUACAUUUAUUUAAAAUAUUUCAGAUUGAUAUAAGUCCGUUGAAUGUACAAGCGGAAGAAUUACUUCUACUUAAAUUAAUUCAAUUUUAUCAACAUGCUUUUGAGGAGGAUACUGAUACUGAUGAACGGAAUAAUUCUUAUAAUCACCAUCUUCAUUCACAUCAUUACUCACAUAAUUAUGACGAUAAUGAUCCUGCUGUCUUGAAUUCUUUAUCUGAUUCUUUUAAUAUUUCAUUACCUCACAAUUCAGAUAAAAGGAAGUAUUCAAUGUUGCAUAACACUAAAUCAGAAAAUAAAAUAUUCUGGUGUGAUCGAUUUAUAAUUAGUCCUAUACAUAUGAAAUUAAGUGUACAAACAGCGAAAAGUUCAUUGACUGAAUCAUAUUUAGCCGGUGCUAAACGUUUACUACCAUCAUUAAUGAGUUUUACAGGUGCAGAAAUACAAUUAGAUCCAGUAGAAAAACUGUACAUGUUGGAAACUAUUCCACAGUUAAUAAAUUAUCUUAAUACAUACUAUCGAUUACAACUUCGAGCGCAUGCAUUGAAUAUAUUUGGAUCAGUUGAUUUUCUUGGCAAUCCAAUUGGUUUAAUUAAUGAUUUAAGUUCAGGAAUAUCAGGAUUGGUGGAACUAGACGUCGGUGGUUUAAUUCGACAUGUUGCACAUGGUGUCGGAGAUAGUGCAGCAAAAGUUGCUGGAAGUGUUUCUCAAUUACUAACUGCUAUAUCAUUAGACGAUAAACAUGAACAAGAACGUGCAGCUAUAUUGGGCAGUCGUAUUGACACGUCUUCAUUAUUACAAACAUCACAAUCUAUUUAUAAUUCGAAUUAUUAUGAUGACAGUGAAGUGUCUUCCAGUGGAAUGGAUGAAUCAUUAGAUGAUUUUGAAUUGACUUGUCAUGGCAUAUACACUGAUAUGAAAUCAACUCCGUCGACAUAUAGUUCUUCAUCAUCAUCGUCCUCACCACCAUCAACAACAUCAUCAACUAUAGCAUCACUUCCACAAUAUCCGAAGCAAACUCACCAUUCAUUUGAUACAAAUCGUUCUGUUACAGCACCUUUAAGCGCUGGAGUUCGUGGCCUAAUGCAUGGUAUCGUUGGUGGAAUGACAUCCAUUGUUACACAGCCUUAUCGUGGUGCAAAAGAAGAUCAGUUAAGAGGUUUUGUCUAUGGUGUUGGUCGUGGAUUAUUAGGUACAGUAACUAAACCAGUUGGUGGUGUAUUCGAUUUUCUAUCUGGUAUGAUGAGUUCAAUUAGUGAAGUUGCACGUCCAUCAAAUUUAUAUCGUCCAAAACGAUGUAGACCACGUCGUGCUGGUCUAUCAAAAUAUUUUUCACGUCCAUUAAUUAUUUAUAAUUUAAAUGAAGCAAUAGUUCAAUUACAAAUUCAUCAUCUUACAUUAUUCAAUGUUACACGUCGUUAUUCAUUAAAAAAUUAUUAUUCAUCUUCAUUGAAUACUUUUAAUUCUAUAAUUAAUUCAUUGAAUACAUUUGAAAUUGGUGAAGUUCCAAUAGACAAUACUAAUACUACCACUACUACUACUAAUACUACUAAUACUACUACUAAUAAUACGAAUGAAUUCAAUGGUACAAAUAAACUGUCUCCUAUUAACAGUUGUAAAUUAACUGAUCUUGAUUUAACUUAUUCAUUUAGUCGUAUGUUAUAUAUUUAUGCAUUAUUACCAUGUAAUAAUAGUCCAGAGGCAUUAGCAUCACAUCAUCUUCGUUAUUUACUUUAUUCACCUGAAUCAAUAUUACAUAUUUUACCUAUACAAUUAAAUGGUGUAGUUGUAUUAAUUACAGAUCAAGCUUUAUGGUGUAUACGUGAUAAUUCAUUACAGAAUUGGAUUCUUUCAAGAAAUCCCGUUGGUAUUAAUAAUAAUAAUAACAAUAGUAAUAUCAAUAUAUCGGACUCGAACUCAUCUGUUACAUCACAUCAAACCGCACCGGUAUUUUUCCUGACUGAAAAUACGACAUUAAUGUUCAUGUUGCACUAUCAUCGUCUAGAUCAAAUUUAUGUAAUGCUUUCUCAGAAUACUAACACACUUAGUUCUGUGUCGAUUGCUGAUGUCAAUACUACUACUAGUAGUACUUCGACUACUCCUACAACUACUAAUUCUCCUGUUUAUGUUGUUUUCUCAGCUGAUUGUGGUACAAGUAAACAACAAUUACGUUGUGACUACUUAACUUGGGGUUUAGAUUUAACAUUACAUGUAAGAAAUGCACAAUUUCGUUUUGCUCAGGCUAAUAUGCGUGUGAAUCGUUUGAACAUAUCCACUAACAACAUCUCAUCGUCAACUCUUUCAUGUAAGAAUAAUAAACAACAAUUAACUACUGUCUAUUAUAAUGUGCCUCGUUUUCUAAAUCAUCCUGUUGCAUUGGCUUACAGUCCAAUUUGUCACAGAUAA